CGCUGCACUCACCGUUGUUAACAGUGAAGUGAAGAUGGCGGCGGACGGUCGCCUUCAGCUGCGGCUCUUUCUGCUCCUGUGUCUCUGCGGCUCCGGCUCCGUCCUCGGCCUGAAGGCAGCCGGCGGCCCGGCGGACCCGCCCGACCCUCCGGUCCUCAGGGCCGCGGAGCCCCCUCCCAAGGAUGCACCUGCCGCGGCCGCCGCCGGGGCCUCGCAGCCUCGAAGGGCGAGCGGGUGGAAGCUGUCGGAGGAGGAGGCCUGCCGGGAGGACCUGAGCCGCCUCUGCCCCAAGCACACCUGGACCAACAACCUGGCCGUGCUGGAGUGUCUGCAGGACCGCAGAGAGGAAAGUGAGCUCGCUCCCGACUGUAACCAUCUCCUGUGGAACUACAAACUCAAUCUGACCACAGACCCUAAGUUUGAGUCGGUCGCCACAGAGGUCUGUAAGAGCACCAUCGCUGAGUUAAAGGAGUGUAACGAGGAGGAGCGAGGGAGGGGCUACCUGGUGUCCUGCCUGGUGGAUCACCGUGGCAACAUCAGCGAGUACCAGUGUAACCAGUACAUCACCAAGAUGACCGGUAUCGUCUUCAGCGACUUUCGUCUCAUCUGUGGCUUCAUGGACAAAUGUAAAGACGACAUCAACAGCCUGCACUGCGGCAGCAUCAACGUGGGACACAAGGACGUGCACUCGCAGGGUGAAGUGAUUUCCUGUCUGGAGAAGGCGUUGGUGCGGGAGGCGGAGCAGCAGGAUCAUGUUCGUCCAAUCAAAGAAGAGUGUCAGAGGGCGAUCCUGCGGGUGGCGGAGCUGUCGUCAGACGACUUCCACCUCGACCGACAUCUUUACUUCUCCUGUCGAGACGACCGGGAGAGAUUCUGUCAGAACACUCAGGCAGGAGAAGGAAAAGUCUACAAGUGUCUGUUCAACCACAAGUUUGAAGAGGCCAUGUCAGAAAAGUGCCGCGAUGCUCUGACCACCCGUCAGAAGCUGAUCUCUCAGGACUACAGGGUCAGCUACUCGCUGGCUAAAGCCUGUAAGCUGGACCUGAGGAAGCAGCGCUGCAGCCUGGACACCAACCUGCCGCGAGCCCGCGAGGCCCGGCUGUCGUACCUGCUGCUGUGCCUGGAGGCCGCCGUCCACCGCGGUCGUACGGUCAGUGGCGAGUGUCAGGGCGAGAUGGUGGACUACCGGAAGAUGCUGAUGGAGGAUUUCUCUCUGAGUCCGGAGAUCGUGCUUCACUGCCGGACGGAGAUCGAGGCUCACUGCUCCGGACUGCACCGCAAAGGCCGCACGCUGCACUGCCUGAUGAGAAUCGGACGCGGCGACCGCAGCGCCACGGUCGACGGCGUCUGCCAGAGCGCACUGCAGACUCUGAUCCAGUCUGCCGACCCUGGAGCCGACUACAGGAUCGACCGUGCGCUCAACGAGGCCUGCGAGUCCGUGAUCCAGACCGCCUGCAAACACAUCCGCACCGGAGACCCAAUGAUCCUGUCGUGUCUGAUGGAGCACCUGUACACAGAGAAGAUGGUGGAGGACUGUGAACACCGACUGUUGGAGCUGCAGUAUUUCAUAUCCAGAGACUGGAAACUGGACCCCAUCCUGUAUAAGAAGUGUCAGGGUGACGCCGCCCGCCUCUGCCACACCCACGGCUGGAAUGAGACCAGUGAGCUGAUGCCGCCGGGCGCCGUCUUCUCGUGCCUGUACCGCCAUGCCUACCGCACCGAGGAGCAGGGACGGCGGUUAUCUCGGGACUGUAAGGUGGAGGUUCAGAGGAUUCUCCACCAGAGGGCGCUGGAUGUGAAGUUGGAACCGGAGCUUCAGAAACGCUGCAUGACCGACCUCGGCAAGUGGUGCAGCGAGAAGACCGACACUGGACAGGAGCUGGAGUGUCUGCAGGAUCAUCUGGAGGACCUGGUCUCUGCCUGCAGGGACGUCGUGGGGAACCUGACGGAGCUGGAGUCAGAGGACAUCCAGAUUGAUGCUCUGCUCAUCAGAGCCUGUGAGCCAAUCAUCCAGGCCCACUGCCACGACGUCGCUGAUAACCAGAUCGACACGGGCGACCUGAUGGAAUGUCUGGUUCAGAACAAACACCAGAAAGAGAUGAACGAAAAGUGUUCAGUCGGCGUGACGCACUUCCAGCUGAUUCAAAUGAAGGAUUUCCGGUUCUCCUACAAGUUCAAGAUGUCCUGCAAGGAGGACGUUCUGCGUCUGUGUCCGAACAUCAAGAAAAAGGUGGAUGUGGUCAUCUGUCUGAGCACCACCGUGAGGAACGACACGCUGCAGGACGCCAGGGAGCAGCGGGUUUCUCUCAAGUGUCGCAAACAGCUGCGGGUGGAGGAGCUGGAGAUGUCGGAGGAUAUUCGCUUGGACCCAGACUUGUAUGAGCCGUGUCGAUCUGACAUCAGCCGACUUUGUCCCAACGUGAACUAUGGGAACGCUCAGAUGAUCGAGUGUCUGAAGGAGCAUAAGAAGCAGCUCAGUCAGCGCUGUCACCAGCGGAUCUUCAGGCUGCAGGAGGGCGAGAUGAACGACCCCGAGCUCGACUACCAGCUGAUGAGGGUCUGCAAGCAGAUGAUCAAGCGGUUCUGCACUGAGGCCGACGCCAGGAACGUUCUUCAGUGUCUGAAACAGAACAAAAACAGCGAGCUGAUGGAUCCUAAGUGUAAACAGAUGAUCACCAAGAGACAGAUCACACAGAACACAGACUACAGGUUGAACCCGGUGCUGAGGAAAGCCUGUCGAGCCGACAUCCCAAAGUUCUGCCAGCCCAUCCUGAACAAGGCGGGCGAGGACAGCGAGCUGGAGGGUCAGGUCAUCGCCUGCCUCAAACUCAAAUACGCUGACCAGCGGUUGUCUCCAGACUGCGAGGACCAGAUCCGGGUGAUCCUGCAGGAGUCGGCGCUGGACUACAGACUGGACCCGCAGCUGCAGAUGCACUGCUCAGACGAGAUCUCCAUGUUGUGUGUGGAGGAGGCAGCAGCCCAGGAACAGACUGGUCAGGUGGAGGAGUGUCUGAAAGUCAAUCUGCUGAAAAUCAAACAGGACGCCUGUAAAAAGGAAGUCCUGAACAUGCUGAAGGAGAGCAAGGCGGACAUCUUUGUGGACCCGGUCCUUCACACCGCCUGCGCCCUGGACCUCAAACACCACUGUGCUGCCAUCACACCCGGCAGAGGACGACAGAUGUCGUGUCUGUUGGAGGCGCUACAGGACAAAAGAAUUCGUCUGCAGCCCGAGUGCAAGAAAAGACUUCAAGACCGGAUCGACAUGUGGAGCUACGCUGCAAAGGUGGCGCCAGCAGAGGGCUUCUCAGACCUGGCCCUGCAGGUGAUGACGUCGCCCUCUAAGAACUACAUCCUGCUCAUGAUCACACUGAGCGUGUGCGUCCUCUUCCUGGUGGGGCUGCUGUGCGGUCGCAUCACAAAGCGAGUGACGAAAGAACUGAAGGAUCGGUAGAGGACAAAGAAAAGACUCGCGCCUCACAUCGUCCUGAACCUUCCUCCUCCUCCUCCUCCUCUUCCUCCUCCUCCUCUCUCAGAUGCCCGAUCUGUAACCAGCCAGCCUGCACAGUGCCAACGCCAGUGGUCACAUCUGGAUCCCGUCCUUGGUUUCAAACUCUUUGUUUGGCUGCUGCUGCAGAUUUGCAUCAAAUGCAAAACUUUUCCCAACGCUCGUGAAAAUCUUUCAUCUUCAUUUGGACGUCUCUGAACAUCAAGAGAGCAGCGACUGUUCGACCCGUUUCCCCCGAGGAUGUUGUCUGGGGUCGGGUGUGAAGUCGAUGUGACGGCUGCUCCUGACGUUUGGAUUUGUUUCCACCCGUUAAGUCCUGAAGCUUUUUGUGGUAUUUCGAGGAGCAUGUGGAGCAACAGGAAGUGAUUUCUUUCUAAAAGAGACUGCGGCUGCUUGAAUCGCACACGUUUGCAACUUGUCAUCUCGUGGCAAAGUUUGAAUUCGGAGACGUUCCCAGUUGCUUGGAAACAUUUGUCACGACGUCCUCUUCGCUCCCGCGCAGCAUCGUGUCACCGGGUACGACUCUGCGCUCGGACCAGUUCAGACCCUCGUCACUCGCUACUGAAAAACUCCCUCUGACGGAACGUGAAGGUCAAGCUGGUCUCCGUCAUCAGGAAUGUUGUGUGCACAUUUGUUUUAAAACGUCAUUUAAAUGCUAAUUAAAAUCAUUGCACUUUU